AUGAUGCGAUUGUCUGGUAACACUGCUUCCGAAGCGAGAGAACAUAAACAGCUGGAAGUGCCCGACGGGCUAGCCCGCUAUUUUUAUUAUGUUUCCCUUUCCAUCAUCACUGAGACACCCUUUCGAGUGAGGUCUCCUGGCCAUGGCCAGAGCGAAGCAAGUGAACUGAGUGAACGAGUGAGUGAGCGUCCCUCCGUCUUCUUCUUCUUCCAGGUACCUCUCAGCGAGCGGGACCGAGCCGACCUGCAGCGGGAGCCCGCCCAAGCUCAGCCUUGCGGCGGGGGCGGGGGCGUCGGCAAAGACAAUUGCGGGGAGUCGCACGAGUCGGAGAAGUCGCUGAUGGGUGUGUCUACAAUCACGGGCUCCCAUCCCACUCAUCCUCCCCCCCUCCCUCCUACCCAUGCCAACAACCCCGCUCCUCCCCCUCCUCCUCAUCCUCCCCCUCCUCCCACUACCACGACCACGAUUACCACAUCUUUCAUCACCAACACGUCAUUCACCACCAUCCUCACGACCACAAACACCACAAACACCACCAGUCCCCCUGGAGCGGUCUGGAACGAUGUCCCCUCGCCAGUCUUGGCUCCUUCCCAGUCUGCCUUCAGCACAGGAGUCUUGACGGGCAUACGGCGCACAAGGGCUAACUCGCAACAGCACCAGUACCAGCAGGUCUCCACCGCAUUCACCUCAAAGGGCCCGAGUCACGAUCCCAGGUCGGGCGGUCGAGACGGGCGCCAGACCUUCGAGACGCCUUUCACUUACGAGGGGCGCUGCAACCACGGCAGCAUGGAAGAGCUGUCGAGCCAAGCCCUCGCACAAAACGAGAUGCAGCAGCAGCAACAGCAGCAGCAGCAGCCAUUCAGGAAAUGCAGUUCCCACAGCGUCUGCCUGGAGAACAGCAGCUGCAGCGACAGGAGCCUGAUCGGGACGGCGCUGGUGCGCCAGGAGGCCUCCGACAGACGGGGGAGUCGAGCCACAUCGAACAUGCUGAGGGGCGAUGUCGUCUCUCGGGUGGAGCCCAGAAUGAUCCACACGCCGAGUCUCAGUAUGCAGUGCAGGACUGACGGGGGCGUGGAAACUCACGAGGUGGAGACGCUGCACCUCGAUAACAUGUGAUAAAAAAAAAAAAAAAUAAAAACAAACAAA